AUGAGUGGUGGCGUUGGCGGAAGAGGAGGCGACGAGCUUCCCUCUUCAACGCAACCUAGGAGAAGACCAUCGACAUCGAUGCUCACCAACCAAUCUCCCCCUCGACUUCGAACGAUGCCGGACCAACGCUGGAGCCCGGAACCUCGACGAAUAUCGUAUCCGCAGGAGGGAGCAACCUCUGGGAGGUCAUCGGCUCCGAGGGUUCACUCGGUUUCACCAGAUAUCAGGCGAGAGCCGCUGUUGCCACCGGCCGCGAUCUCACCUCCACCGCACCGGCGAUCGUCAAGAGAGCCCCCACGAAGCACUUCGAGCUCCGUUCCAUCUUACUACGACGAACGAUAUCUGGGCCGCGCCAGAGACUAUCCAGAACCUGCUAUUCCGGAUCGACUGGAACGCAGCGGAGAAGGUAGCUGGGUACCACCCCCCGGAGGUCCUUGGCCCCAGUACCCGCCGCCGUCUUACCGACACGCAGAGCGACCAUACUCCUACGGGCCGCCUCCGCCAGCACUGACACAUCAUCAAGUAGCACCCUCUGGACCCCCCGGUGCUCCGGCGGCGACUCCCAAUCCUCAACCUGUCGGAAAUUCUGCUCGCGCACGGUCCCCGCGUAGGGCAUCUACGUUCCCCGUACUGGAACAGAGCUACGGACCUUCGUCAAGCCAACACGGUGCGAGAGAGCGCCAGGUAAGCGGCUACGGCGCGUCAAGCGCGGCUGUGCCGAUGCCGGGCAGCGAGAUAAGUGGUGGCCGCGGCCGAUAUGAUCGCGGACCCCGUGCCUCAUUUCCGCAAGAGCGACCGCGAGCAUUCUUCACCCCUCUCGCCACCGGCCACCGCGACCUCUCCACCUGGCCCAGAGAUCUCGUCGACACCUACCGGCUAGGAUGGGAGGACGCCAUGGCGGCCGUCGCUGAGGGUCAGUUCCACAUCGACGAUGUAGUUCACCACCGCGUUCCUCUGUGGCCGCCACCAGGUCGUCCGACCUCUCAGCCCCGUCCUCCAACCGCUCAUGAUCCAGAACUCGAGCGCGAGGCCAAGCGGGACCUCGAACGCAGAAGCAGAGACCGUGAAUUGGAGACUUUGCCCUACCCUGCGAACAAGGAACCGCGUCUGUCACCGGCGCGUAGCAUGGUUGCACAUCCAUCGGCUUACCCCUCUGCGCCACCGCCGUACCCACCCUACGCACAUCCCCACUCACAUUCAGGUGCUCAGGUUGGUUCAGGGCCUGGCCCCAUUCCAGAUUACGCACCACCGUACCCUCCGGCAACAGCCCCCUAUCCGUAUCCCUACACAGGCGGCCAUUACCCACCGUCCGGACCGUAUGACCAUCCUUCCUACGGUCCUCAUGUCAUGCCCGGCGGCAUGUACGGCGGGCCCGGAGCAGGAGCAUACUCGCGUGCGUCGGAACAGCCCACACCCCACCUGCGCAACCGCCAAAUGAUCAGCUGCCACCCUUGUCGAUCGCGAAAGGUCAAGUGCUCCGGCGGGCAUCCCUGCGAAGCUUGCAUCAAAAUCAAGAAAACCUCCGAGUGCGAGUACGAGAAGACCGUCCGACGAAGGGGAAAAGGCAAGAAAAGCCUGAUGGGGGAAUCGGAAUGGCAGUCCGAGUCUCAGCGGCGAGAAGGCGGACGAGGAGACGGUGGUUCCGAAGAGGAGGGAGGGGAAGGAGAGCGCCGGCCGUCCGGUGCCACGACAUCGCAGGCUACUUCUGUUACUUCCAAGCCCUCCCGACAGUCGAGUGAGCGCAAUGAGCGACACGAAGUUGCAGAAGCGCCCCACGACGAUGAUAACGAAGGCAGCCCCGAACGAUCGAAUCAGCCUAGAGGGACUAAGAGGUCAAGGUCCGACAGCAGGAGUAAGCCCCCAACCAGCUCUCGACGUGGACCCUCCCAAUCGAGGCGACCAUAA